AUGAUGUUUCCUUUUUGUUCUCAAGGUCCCCCUGUGUUCAUUAAAAAGCCUGUGGACCAGAUCGGUGUGUCAGGAGGGGUGGCCUCCUUCGUGUGCCAAGCUACUGGAGACCCAAAGCCAAGGGUCACCUGGAACAAGAAAGGGAAGAAAGUGAACUCUCAGAGGUUCGAGACCAUUGAAUUUGAUGAAAGUGCAGGUGCUGUUCUGAGGAUCCAGCCCCUCCGGACCCCCCGGGACGAGAACAUUUAUGAAUGUGUUGCUCAGAACCCUCAUGGGGAGGUCACUGUCCACGCCAAGCUCACCGUGCUCCGAGAGGACCAGCUACCUCCUGGCUUCCCCAACAUUGACAUGGGGCCACAGCUGAAGGUGGUGGAGCGGACGCGCACGGCCACGAUGCUCUGUGCGGCCAGCGGGAACCCCGACCCCGAGAUCACCUGGUUCAAGGAUUUCCUGCCCGUCGACCCCAGCGCCAGCAACGGCAGAAUAAAACAGCUGAGAUCAGGGAGCACAGGGGGUACACCGAUCCGAGGCGGGCUGCAGAUCGAGAGCAGCGAGGAGACGGACCAGGGCAAGUACGAGUGCGUGGCCAGCAACAGCGCCGGGGUGCGCUACUCGUCCCCCGCUAACCUUUACGUGAGAGAGCUACGAGAAGUUCGCCGUGUGGCCCCUCGCUUCUCCAUCCUCCCUGUCAGCCAUGAAAUCAUGCCCGGGGGCAACGUCAACAUCACCUGCGUGGCCGUGGGGUCCCCCAUGCCCUACGUGAAGUGGAUGCAGGGAGCAGAGGACCUGACCCCCGAGGAUGACAUGCCCGUGGGCAGGAACGUCCUGGAGCUCACGGACGUCAAGGACUCUGCCAACUACACCUGCGUGGCCAUGUCCAGCCUGGGAGUCAUUGAGGCCGUUGCCCAGAUCACGGUGAAAUCACUUCCCAAGGCUCCUGGGACGCCAGUGGUGACAGAGACAACAGCCACGAGUAUCACCAUCACCUGGGACUCUGGAAAUCCAGACCCCGUGUCGUACUAUGUCAUUGAGUACAAGUCCAAGAGCCAGGAUGGACCCUACCAGAUCAAGGAGGACAUCACCACCACACGCUACAGCAUCGGGGGGCUCAGCCCCAACUCCGAGUACGAGAUCUGGGUCUCUGCAGUCAACAGCAUCGGGCAGGGGCCCCCCAGUGAGUCGGUGGUCACCCGCACUGGGGAACAAGCUCCUGCCAGCGCCCCCCGCAACGUGCAGGGCCGCAUGCUGAGCAGCACCACCAUGAUCAUCCAGUGGGAGGAACCCGUGGAGCCCAACGGGCAGAUCCGAGGGUACAGGGUCUAUUACACCAUGGAGCCCGACCAGCCCGUCAGCAACUGGCAGAAGCACAACGUGGAUGACAGCCUGCUGACCACUGUGGGCAGCCUCCUGGAGGACGAGACCUACACCGUGCGAGUGCUGGCCUUCACCUCCGUAGGGGACGGGCCCCUGUCCGACCCCAUCCAGGUUAAAACACAGCAAGGAGUUCCCGGGCAGCCGAUGAACUUCCGAGCAGAGGCCAAGACCGAGACGAGCAUUGUGCUGUCGUGGAGCCCCCCACGGCAGGAGAUCAUAGUGAAGUACGAGCUGCUCUACAAGGAAGGAGACCACAGCAAGGAGGUGCUGAAGAACUUUGAGCCCACGACGUCGUUCACGGUGGAAGGCCUGAAGCCCAACACUGAGUAUGUCUUCCGGCUGGCCGCCCGCUCGGCCCUGGGGCUGGGGGCCUUCACCCCGGAGGUCCGAGAGCGCACCUUGCAGUCUAAACCGUCUGCCCCCCCUCAAGAUGUAAAAUGUGUCAGCACCCGCUCCACCGCCAUUCUGGUAAGUUGGCGGCCGCCUCCGGCCGAGAGCCAGAACGGCGUCCUGGCCGGCUACAGCGUCCACUAUCGAGCGCUGGACUCGGAGGACACGGAGCUAAAGGAGGUGAAUGAUAUCCCCCCAACCACCAGUCAGAUCCUGCUGGAGUCCCUGGACAAGUGGACCGAGUACCGCGUCACCGUGGUGGCUCACACCGAGGUGGGGCCGGGCCCGGAGAGCUCGCCGGUCAUCGUCCGAACGGAUGAAGAUGUGCCCAGCGCUCCACCACGGAAGGUGGAGGUGGAGGUGCUCAACUCGACGGCCAUCCAGGUGUUCUGGCGCUCGCCGGUGCCGAGCCGCCAGCACGGCCAGAUCCGUGGCUACCAGGUGCACUACGUGCGCAUGGAGAACGGCGAGGCCAGGGGGCUGCCCCACAUCAAGGACAUCAUGCUGGCCGACGCCCAGUGGGAAACAGAUGACACUGCUGAAUACGAAAUGAUCAUUGCUGGGCUCCAGCCAGAGACUGCCUACUCCAUCACCGUGGCCGCCUACACCAUGAAGGGAGAUGGUGCUCGCAGCAAACCCAAAGUGGUCACCACCAAGGGUGCAGUCCCUGGAAAGCCCAUCCUGUCUGUGCACCAGACAGAGGAGAACACUCUCCUGGUGAAGUGGGAGCCCCCACUGGACGCGGAGGGCCAGGUGCUGGGCUACCGGCUGCAGUUCGGCCGCAAGGACGUGGAGCCUCUGGCCACGCUGGAGUUCUCAGCCCUGGAGGAUAAGUACAUCGCUACCAGCAUCCACAAGGGCGCCACGUACGUGUUCAAGCUGGCCGUGAAAAGCCGGGCUGGCUUUGGGGAGGAAGCUGUGCAGGAACUCACCACCCCCGAAGACAUCCCCAAGGGUUACCCCCAGAUCCUCGAGGCGAGCAACGUCACGUCCAUGUCGGUGCAGUUUGGCUGGCUGCCCCCCGUGCUGGCCGAGAGGAACGGAGCCAUCGUCAAGUACACCGUGGCCUACCGGGAAGCAGGUUCUCCAGGGAACCUGCUGGAAAAAGACCUGCCCCCCUCCCCAGAGAACUCGUACACCCUCAACGGCCUCAAACCCAACACCGCCUAUGAUGUUAAAAUCCGUGCUCACACCAGUAAAGGCCCCGGGCCCUACAGCCCGACCGUCCAGUAUCGGACGUUCCAGCUGGACCAAGUUUUACCCAAAAACUUCAAGGUGAAGAUGGUGACAAAGACAUCUGUCCUUCUGAGCUGGGAGUUCCCUGAGAAUUACAACUCUCCUACCCCAUACAAGAUCCAGUACAACGGGCUGCACGUGGACGUGGAUGGACGAACCACCAAGAAACUCAUCACCCACCUGAGGCCCCGCACCUUCUACAACUUCGUGCUGAUGAACCAAGGCAACAGCAUGGGGGGGCUGCAGCAGAACGUGGCAGCCUGGACUGCUGCUGACAUGUUGUCCAAGAAGCCAGAGGUGACCCACAAGCCUGAUGCUGAUGGCAAUGUGGUGGUGAUUCUCCCCGACGUGAAGAGCUCUGUGCCUGUCCAAGCUUUCUACAUUGUGGUGGUGCCUCUGAGGAAGUCCCGAGGGGGACAGUUCCUCAACCCCCUGGGCAGCCCUGAGGAGAUGGACCUGGAGGAGCUGGUCCAGGACAUCGCCCGGCUGCGGCGCCGGAGCCUGCGGCAUUCCCGGCAGCUGGACUUCCCCAAGCCCUACAUCGCUGCCCGCUUCCGCUCCCUGCCCUCCCACUUCAUCCUGGGGGACAUGAAACACUACGACAACUUUGAGAACAGAGCCCUGGAGCCAGGGCAGAAAUACGUGCUCUUCAUCCUGGCCGUGCUGCAGGAGCCCGAGGCUACCUAUGCUGCCAGUCCCUUCUCUGACCCCAUCCAGCUGGACAACCCUGACCCCCAGCCCAUCAUCGAUGGUGAGGAGGGGCUCAUCUGGGUCAUCGGGCCCGUCCUGGCCGUGGUCUUCAUCAUCUGCAUCGUCAUCGCCAUCCUGCUCUACAAAAACAAACGGAAAGAUUCAGAGCCACGGACCAAGUGCCUCCUGAACAAUGCUGAAAUCGCUCCCCACCACCCCAAGGACCCCGUGGAAAUGAGGCGAAUCAACUUCCAGACCCCAGGUAUGCUCAGCCACCCACCCAUCCCUGUUUCCGAGCUGGCUGAACACACAGAGCAUCUCAAAGCUAAUGAUAACCUGAAAUUAUCCCAAGAGUAUGAGUCCAUCGACCCUGGCCAGCAGUUCACCUGGGAGCACUCCAACCUGGAGGUGAACAAGCCCAAGAACCGCUACGCCAACGUGAUCGCCUACGACCACUCCCGGGUGAUCCUGCUGCCCAUCGAAGGAAUUGUGGGCAGUGAUUACAUCAAUGCCAACUACAUCGACGGGUACCGGAAGCAGAACGCCUACAUUGCCACACAGGGACCCCUGCCAGAGACCUUUGGGGACUUCUGGAGGAUGGUGUGGGAGCAACGCUCAGCCACCAUUGUCAUGAUGACUAAGCUGGAGGAGAAAUCACGGAUAAAGUGUGACCAGUACUGGCCAGGCCGAGGCGCAGACACCUACGGAAUGAUCCAAGUGACCUUGCUGGACACCAUCGAGCUGGCCACGUUCUGUGUGAGAACAUUCUCCCUGCACAAGAACGGCUCCAGCGAGAAGCGCGAGGUGCGGCAGUUCCAGUUCACAGCGUGGCCCGACCACGGCGUGCCCGAGUACCCCACCCCGUUCCUGGCCUUCCUGAGGAGGGUGAAAACCUGCAACCCCCCAGAUGCUGGGCCCAUCGUGGUGCACUGCAGCGCCGGCGUGGGACGCACCGGCUGCUUCAUCGUGAUUGACGCCAUGCUGGAGAGGAUCAAGCACGAGAAGACCGUGGACAUUUACGGGCACGUCACCCUCAUGAGGUCCCAGCGCAACUACAUGGUGCAGACAGAGGACCAGUACAGCUUCAUCCACGAUGCCUUGCUCGAGGCCGUGGCCUGCGGCAACACCGAGGUCCCGGCUCGGAACCUCUACAGCUACAUCCAGAAACUGGCCCAGAUCGAGGCCAGGGAGCACGUCACGGGCAUGGAGCUGGAGUUCAAGCGCCUCGCCAACUCCAAGGCCCACACCUCGCGCUUCAUCAGCGCCAACCUGCCCUGCAACAAGUUCAAGAACCGCCUGGUGAACAUCAUGCCCUACGAGAGCACCCGGGUGUGCCUGCAGCCCAUCCGCGGCGUCGAGGGCUCCGACUACAUCAACGCCAGCUUCAUCGACGGCUACAGGAAGCAGAAGGCCUACAUAGCCACGCAGGGGCCACUGGCCGAGACCACCGAGGAUUUCUGGAGGAUGCUCUGGGAAAACAACUCCACCAUCGUCGUGAUGCUGACAAAGCUUCGCGAGAUGGGGCGGGAAAAGUGCCAUCAGUACUGGCCCGCGGAGCGCUCAGCACGGUACCAGUACUUCGUCGUGGACCCCAUGGCUGAGUACAACAUGCCCCAGUACAUCCUGAGGGAGUUCAAGGUCACGGAUGCCAGGGAUGGUCAGUCACGAACUGUUCGUCAGUUCCAGUUCACCGACUGGCCAGAACAAGGUGUGCCAAAAUCAGGAGAAGGUUUUAUCGACUUCAUUGGGCAGGUACACAAGACCAAGGAGCAGUUUGGCCAGGAUGGCCCCAUCUCUGUCCACUGCAGUGCUGGCGUGGGCAGGACUGGAGUGUUCAUCACUCUGAGCAUCGUCCUGGAGCGGAUGCGCUACGAGGGGGUUGUAGAUAUUUUCCAGACAGUGAAGAUGCUGCGAACACAACGACCUGCAAUGGUGCAAACAGAGGAUGAAUACCAGUUCUGUUACCAGGCAGCUCUGGAGUAUCUGGGAAGUUUUGAUCACUAUGCAACAUAA